ACAAUAAACAAAUGUGAGGUCAGUUCAAUUGAACAACAUUCAUGCUCUCUGAUUGGCUGGCUCACACGCGUGGAAACUAAGCCCAUUGGUCAGCCUCCAGCAUUCCCAGCGUGAUUGAGGUUUACUGUAAACCUCUGAUGAUGAACACCAAGGCAAGGCCACCAAUUGGAGAGGUUGAGCUUAAUGAAUAAUUAGAGGCAGAGGCCAAGUGUGCAGGUAUAGUCAUGAGUGGACAUAGGCGGGGAGGGUGGGGUUUUCUUUUCUCGCUUUUUAAGCAUUAAGUAACAUGGUGUGUCUGUCCCACAGUUAGUCCAGCAUAAAUGUUUGUUCAGAGAGAGAGAGAGAGAGAAUAUUCCCAUGAUUGAAGACUUUAUUUUCAUAUUCUGCCAGAAAGAAAGGCUUUCAUUUUCAGCAUAGGACAAGCACUGGACACUUUUUCCGACCAGUCACAUGAAGAUGGAAUAUAUGGUGCCCUUUGCAUUAUUCUUACAUGUCUGCCUCGGGCAAGCUCUUGCAGUGGUGGUGACUCCUGAAAACUCUCCUGCCGCCAUAGUCGUGGGGCAAAAUGUGACCCUGAAACCUAAUCCUCCUUACACUAUUACUCAUGGAGCAUGGAAUUUUGAGAGCAACCUAAUACUGUUUUGGUACCCCGGGGAUAAUGUCACCCAAUCACCGUACGAAAAUAGGAUAUUUUUUAACGAAAGUAAUGCUUCCCUGACUCUAACGUCUCUCCAAGUUGGUGAUUCUGGACAAUAUCACUGUAAUGGAGUCAGGCCCAGAGCCUUUAACAGGGUGUUAACUUUAUCAGUUCAAGUGCCAAUCUCAAAUGUGAACAUGACGGUGUCUGACACCAAUUUAAUUGAGUUCAACGACACUGUCACUCUCAACUGUUCUGCCUCUGGAACCCCUCUCUGGUUCCAGUGGAUCAACGGAACGUCUGCUGUGACAGCCAGCGACCGGGUCCAAUUUAAUAAUGGCAGAAAUGUUCUCACUAUCAAACCUGUGACUAGAUUUGAUACAGGGCCAUUUUCCUGUAAUGUGUUCAACAACGUAAGCCAGGAGCAUAGCUGGUCGGUCCACCUCAACAUCAGCUAUGGACCGAGUAACCUCACGUUGGAAGUGGCCCCAGACAAGAUGGCAUAUAUGUCUGGGUCCAGUGUUACGCUCACUUGCUCUGCUGAGUCCAACCCGGCAGCUUCAUAUAUGUGGCUGUUUAAUGAUACACCGUUGAACAAAGUUGGUGGGCUUCUCGAACUCACCGAUUUACAGAUGAAUGAAACUGGCCAGUACACAUGUCUGGUCCACAACAGCGUAACUUCUAGAUAUGAAAAAAUCUCAAGAUCUGUCAUCAUUGUUGAUCCAAUAUCAGCUGUGGCGGUAAAUCAAGUUGGAACCCCCAUACUGAACUUGACAUUCACACUGAGCUGUGUUGUGAAGGGGCCUGUGGACUCCAUUCACUGGAUGAAGAGCAAUAUUUACCUCCCUGCAGACAACAGGAUCUCCACCUCUAACAAGAAUGCGACGUUAACUUUCACACCAGUGGAAAUGUCAGAUAAUGGAACAUACUCAUGCAUGGCCUCCAAUGCUGUGAGCAACAAAACAAGCGAUUACAUGCUCACGGUUAACUAUGGACCUAAGAUGCCCGUCAUUUUGGGACCCUCAAUCAUAGCAACAGCAUCCAACUUGAUGCUUAGUUGCUCUGCUGCAUCUUGGCCACCCAGUAAUUUCACCUGGUACUUUAAUGGCCUGCUGGUGAAAGAAGGCCCAGACUACAAAGUGGACAACCUUAGGUUGAGCAACAGUGGAAACUACACCUGUUCAGCUCAUAAUGACAUCACAAAUAUCACUAAGAUGGUCACUAAAGAAGUCAAAGUCAUCGACCUCAUAAGCAGUGCCACCAUUAAAAUCACCGGAAACCCCCCUGUCGAUCUCAAGCGUUUCACGCUGACCUGCGAGGCCAUUGGCGCUGUCUAUGACCGCUACUGGAUGAUGGACGGCAUGGCCCUCAACCUGAACAUGAGCCGCAUGUCCCUCUCUGAGGACAACAGCACGCUGACCUUCAACCCUGUGCUAACGUCAGAUGAUGGAAGCUACACGUGUAUGGCCUCCAACCCUCUGAACAACGUUACUAGCCCCAUGUUUUUCCUCAAAGUCAACUAUGGACCUAAGACGCCUGUAAUCACUGGCCCAAUGCAGCCUGUCAAGGCUGGCUCCAAUGUGACCCUCAACUGUAACGCAGCCUCUGAGCCACCCAGCAACUAUACCUGGUACUUCAAGAACGGGAUGGAAAGUGGCUCGAUGUAUGUGAUAAAUGAAGCCACAUCAUCCAACAGUGGAAAUUACACCUGUGUUGCCAAGAAUGAUGUCACCAAACAGAAUAGCAGCACUCUCAAAGAGCUAGUGGUUAUUGAUCCAAUCUCAGCAGUCAUGAUAAUGGAAGGUGAGCCCCCCAUACUCAACAUGACAUUCACCCUGAGCUGUAAUGUGACUGGGCCCGUGGACUUCAUUCACUGGAUGAUUAACAGCAGCUCCUACCUGCAAUCAAACGACAGGAUCUACUUCUCUAAUGGCAACAGGACAUUAACUUUCAAACCUGUUGAUCACUGUGAUAACGGGGAUUACCAGUGUGUUGCCAUGAAUGCUGUGAGCAAACUAAACAGCUCUGAGUACAUGCUGAUGGUUAACUAUGGGCCUGAUAACGUGACUAUAUCUGGGCCAUCCAUCCUAGCCACAGGAUCUAAUGCAACCUUCACCUGCGAUGCCUCCUCUUGGCCUCCCAGUAUCUUCCUUUGGUUCAACAAUGGGUUUACAGUGGGAAUGAGCUCCGUGUAUAAAAAAUACUCACUCAGCCCUGCUGAUAGUGGGGAGUACAUCUGCACUGCACACAACAACAUUACUGACCUCUCCAGCUCUGCCACUAAGAUGCUGACAGUCAUUGAUCCGAUAUCAAAGGUUAUGGUGAAUGAAGAUGAUGGACCCCCCAUACUCAACAUGACAUUCACCCUGAGCUGUAAUGUGACUGGGCCCGUGGACUUCAUUCACUGGAUGAUUAACAGCAGCUCCUACCUGCAAUCAAACGACAGGAUCUACUUCUCUAAUGGCAACAGGACAUUAACUUUCAAACCUGUUGAUCACUGUGAUAACGGGGAUUACCAGUGUGUUGCCAUGAAUGCUGUGAGCAAACUAAACAGCUCUGAGUACAUGCUGAUGGUUAACUAUGGACCAUGGGAUACUGUUAUCACUGGGCCACACGUAGCAGCGCCUGGAUCAGACGUGACAUUUCACUGUUCUGCUACCUCCUUGCCCCCUAGUGCCUACAGCUGGUACUACAAUGGAUCAAUGAUUGGAGAGGGUGCUCAGCUGGAGCUGCCUAACCUUACCUUCAAUAAGAGUGGAGAGUACACCUGCAAGGCUCAUAACAAUAAAACAAGCAUGGACAGCUCUGCCUCCAUAAACCUACGGGUGAUCCCCCCUCUGACAGUAGUUACAAUUGAGACUGAUGGUCAGCUACCGAUACUUGGCAGAUCAUUCAAGUGUAACUGCAGUGCUAACAGUGAGACCACCUCCAUUUACUGGAUGAAAAAUGGGAUGUACCUGAGCUGGAAUGGCACAGUGUCCUUCUCUGAGGACAAUGUCACCAUGACCAUAGCCUCUGUGAUGCAUGAUGACAAUGGAGAAUAUCAGUGCACAGCCAUCAAUGAUGUCAGUGAGAAAACCAGUUCAUUGUACAACCUCAGAGUGAACUUUGGGCCGAAUAAUGUCAGCAUCUCUGGACCUGAGCUUGCAGAGACAGGAGAGAAUGUGACGUUUAACUGCUCUGCCACCUCGUGGCCCCCAAGUGGCUUCAGCUGGUACUUCAGUGGCUCUUGGGUGGCUAACGGCUCCAGCUACACAACUGAGCCACUGGCCUUAAAAGGCAGUUGGAACUAUACCUGCAUGGCACACAACAACAUCACAGGACUUCACAGCUCUGCCUCAAUGAAGUUAAUGGUCUUUGAUGCCAUAAACUCUAUUGUGGUGAAGCCAAAGCCGGUCAUUCCCAUGGAUUCUGAAAACUUCUUGCUCUACUGUGACAUUGAUGGGCCACACGACAGUAUCAAGUGGAUUAGGGACAGUCAACCCUUGAUCUCCAACAACACCGUUACCAUCUCCAAUGACAGGACCACUGUAUCUUUCAAACCCCUCGGGACGGCCAAUGAUGGGCUGUACCAGUGUGUGGCAGAAAACAUUGUGAAACAGCAUUUCAGUGAACCCUACAACCUCAGUGCCAGUUAUGGCCCAAGUGACGUCCUUAUCUCCAUUACCACUCAGAACCCCUUCACUCUCACCUGUCAGGCUGUAUCUCAGCCGCCCAGUCAAUACGAGUGGAUCAUUGAUGAUGAGCUAAAAGGAAACAGCAGUACAAUAGAGAUGACGCUCUUCGUCGCACUUAGACUUGACACAAUUACGUGCAAGGCCAAGAACCCACGGACCAACGAGACUGUUGCAGCCACCUUUGAAAUGCCAGAUUUGAGUGCUGCUCCUCCUCUUCAGUCUCGGGUUGACCUGAUCCUCACAGUCCUGCUGGCUCUUUCCCUCUGCCUGCUUGGGAACAGGUUUUCUUAAACCCUUCCAUUUAAAACUCUCAUCUGUUCUUCCCACUGUCUAGCUACAUUGUCUUCUUCUUAUGUCAGAUUGGACAUUGAUGAGGCAACCCAGCUAUGCCUAGUAAUCUUUUGUAUUAGAUUAAAGUGUAUUUAUUAACACAUACUGUCUCAGAGUUAUAAGAUAUAGUUGUGUUGCAAACGUGUGCCUAUAACAUGUACCAGAAACAAUUGAAAUAUGAGGCAUUUGAAUGCAGUACAAAUCAAGAAUAUACGUCAUUCAAUAUAUAUAUAUUAAUGCAGUUUCAAAAGUGUCAAAAGUGACAUUUUGCUUUAUUUAUACUUAUAUUAUCUUAUUUAUGAAGGGUUAACUGUUCUCAUAUCAUGAUGCACUUUUUGUUGAAAGAACUAUGCCUUAGACCCUUCAAUACCUUUCGUUCUGAAUAAAUGCAUAUAUAUUUUAAUCUGA